AUGACCCUGGAGUUCCCAGUGUUCGGGGCCAGGAUAAUCUACCUGCAGGAGGGUUUGUCACUGACUUGGAUACACAAGAUCGAGGGUUGGGGCCAUGGUGCUGACCUCCGCCUUCCUCUGCCAGCCCGCCUCUGCCUGCUGACCCUGCUGUCACCACCCCUCAGCUCGGCAGCCCCCAUCUCUCCGGCUGAGCCCAUUAGUCAAGCCUACAGCCUGGCCCUCUACAUGCAGAAGAACACGUCAACGCUGCUGCAGACUUAUCUCCAGUACCAGGGCAGCCCUUUUAGUGACCCUGGCUUCUCAGCCCCUGAGCUCCAGCUCAGCAGCCUGCCUCCUGCCACGGCCUUCUUCAAGACCUGGCAUGCCCUGGAUGACGGGGAAUGGCUGAGCCUUGCCCAGGGGGCCUUCCUGGCCUUGACCCAGCACCUCCAGCUCGUGGGGGACGACCAGAGCGACCUGAACCCUGGCAGUCCCAUCCUGCUGGCUCAGCUCAGGGCUGCGAGACUCAGGGCUCAAGGCUUGCUGGGCAACAUGGCUGCUAUCAUGAUGGCCCUGGGGCUGCCGAUCCCCCCAGAAGAGGAUACUCUCAGGCUUGUUGCCUUUGGGGCCUCAGCCUUCGAGAGGAAAUGUCGAGGCUACGUGGUGACCCGGGAAUAUGGCCACUGGACAGACCGUGCUGUGAGGGACUUGGCUCUGCUCAAGGCCAGGUACCCAGCAUAGAGGGGCAGGACUUCCUGUCAGAGGCUGCAGCACUUCCUGUUUCAUAAUGGCCUCUUUUCUGCCUUGUUUGUGGGCUAGAGAAGGAGAUACAGCUUGUCUAGCAGACGGGGCUUGGGUGCCAUGUCUGGGAAUGUUUCCUGGAAGCCAAGCCUCAAUUCCUUAUUUCGGGGGCCUUCCUGCCCAGGUCCUCUGGCCUGCUUUCCAGGUCUGGAUCAAUCUCCAUGGACAUCAUUCCAUGGGCUACCCAUCCAGUGGUACUGGGGUCCACUUCCUGGUUGGAAAGACGUGCCUCUCCAAAGAUAUUUCACCUGCCACCCAACAGGGAGAGGACAGUUGGUCCCCUUCCUAGGCUCUCCCUGAGACCUUCUCCUUUUGGUAAUUUUGGGGAGGUCAGGACUGCCUUCCUGUCUCCGUCUACCUCAUUUCCUCUAUGAAGAUGCCGCCUUUCUGAGCAGAUAGGCCUCCCUUCUUCCUGUUGAAGUUCAUUGGCUCCCCUCGUUGGUCUCUCUGUCUGGGGCUACUAUUUCACUUCCUGUCCUCAGGGGCUCCACUUCCUGAUCCGUGGAAGACCAAUUCUUGAAGAACUAAGGACUGCAUCACACCUGUUUCCUGUUGGGACACAUCCACUUCCUGUUCUGGGCUGACAG